AUGCGGACGGUAUCGCGCGUCGCGCCGGCGGCGGCGGCGGCGCGCGCCCCUUCCCUGGGUGCGGGCCGAGCGCUCGGCGCGAAUCGGUCGGCUCCGGCGGUCCGCCGACAUCGCCCGGCGCGGCGGGACGCUUGGGGGGCGUCGGCACGUCGCGUCGUCGUCGCCACUCGCGCGUUCUUCUCGAGCGACGAGUCCGGCAGCCUGGACGACUACGAGUUCGACGCGGGCGUUCGCGAGGCGUACCGGACCCGACGGGCGUUCGAGCGCGCGGAGUGGCACGCGCAGGAGCCGAGGGAGAAGGCGAGGGACCUGCUCGCUCGGGUCGACGCGGCAGGAAUCUGGACAAUCGCCACGACGGCGUUCGUGAUUGGUAUCUCCGUGAGCGAGUCCCUCUUCGACGGCGGCGCGGGGGGCGCGGGCGCCGACCCCAUCGCGCUCGGCACCUUACUCCCCGCGUGGGUCCCCGACGCGGUGGCGUCGCGCGCGGGGUACAUCGACCCCGCCACGGUCGCGAGCGGCGAGGAGACGGUGCAGGCCAUCUUCCUCUUCGAGUUUGUCCUGAGGGCGUGGUCCGAGGAGUUCAGCGUCAAGUACCUUCGAUCGCCCGUCGCCCUGGUGGACUUCGCCGCGGUGUUGCCCACGUUAGUCGGCGGGUCCUUGGGCGGCAGCGGCGCCCUGCGGACGUUCAGGCUCUUCCGGCUCCUGCGUUUGCUCCGUUUGGCGGAUGACGUCAACGCGGGGCUCAAGGACCGAAGCGACGAGGACGGCGACGAUAAGAUCUUCGGCAAGGUGACCAGCGUCGCGGUGGAGUUUCUGUGCGUGUUCCUCAUCGCCGGCGAGAUCUUCUACGACCUGGAGUACGAGACGAACCCCGACAUAAGCGACGUGGGCGACGCGCUGUACUGGUCGUUCCUGACGCUGACGGGCAUCGGCCAACCCUUCGACGCCGUCACCGCGCAGGGGCGCGUCGCGACGGUCCUGUUCAUAUUAACCGCGCUCGUCGUCGUGCCGCUUCAGCUGUCGACGCUGGUGGCGGCGACGAACAAGCAGCGGGAGAAGGAGAAGAAGCAGAGGAGGGCGCGAGGAAAAGAGAGGCGCGCGCGGGUGCGUUCGAAGGUUGGCGGAGUGGCUCCGGUCAUUUCCGUGGAUAUGUCCAGAAGCUUCGACAGUAGCGGGUCGUUCGAUGACAUACCGGUGGACCCCGGCGCCGGUGUUGGCGUCGGGCUGAGCGGCGCUUCGACGUUCCUGGACCAGAGCGUGGGGUUCGGGACGAUCGACGAGAGUUACGACAGCUUUGACGAAAACUCGCCACCAAACCUGUCGGAGGAUGGGAUGCAGCGAGAGGUCGCGGACCUUCGGCGAAGGGUUCGAUCGUUUGAGACGGAGGUGGACGCGUUGAGGGCGGAGAACGCGAGGUUGAGGGCGGAGAACGCGAGGAACAGGAUGGAGCGCGCCUCGCGGGAUGUAAGUCCUAACCCCUUAGCGGACGAAAUAAGUUAA